AUGAUUUUUCGAACGAUAUUUCUUCUCAUUGCCGUUUCCCUCGUACCAUCCUUCCAAGAGGGUACCUCUACUGUAACUACCGAUAGUACAACUUCUGGACCAUCGACGACUUCUGGUCCGACAUCAUCUACCGGUGCACCGUGCCAAGAUGAUCCGAAUACAGAUUGUACAAAUUUCAAAAGCUACUGUACCAACUCUAAAUACAUUCCAAUGUUGAAACAGUUCUGUCCAGUGACCUGUAACAUGUGUCCAGGAGCCACAACUGCAGUACCACCAACUGCCAAUCCAAAUUGCCAUGAUUCUAGCACUAAUUGCCCCAAUUGGGUUAAAAAUGGAUUCUGCACCAACUCAUUCUACAAGUGCGCCGAUCGCAUCAAGUACUGCCAGAAAUCAUGUGAUUUGUGUACACCUGGAUCCUGCAAAGAUUCUGAUAGUGUUCUUAUUGAGGUUAAUGGAGAACCAGAUUUCGAUUUUCAUGUUUCUGACUCGUUUUGUCCUGAGAUUAAAAACGAACUCAGAUUUCACUUCGCUCCACCCAUUUUGAUAUAUCCGACGCGUUGCGGUCUAAUGCCAAGAAGAGCUCGGAAAAUUGAUAAGAAGGAUCAAGAGAUUGCCCAAUUAAAGGAACAACUAAAGCAAUGGAAAGUGGAAGCCGCGAAAUCGAAAGCUGAAGAAGGAAUAACGAUUCAAAUGUUGGACUUGGAGAAAAUGCUUCAUGGAGUCACUAAAGCAAGGUGCAAAUGGUUCAAAGAUGCAAUCGAAAGGCGUGGACCUGUGGUCGACAAACUGAAUGACCAUAUUCUUAAAUUGACCGCAGAUUUGAGUCUCUUCAAGUCAGGAUCAAAGGAAAGAGAAGCUAAAAGACUCAUCGAUAAAGAGCACAAACUGGUCAUAAAAUACAGAAAGAAGAUGUUAGAAGCUCAGGCGGUGGUUCGCAGACGCCAAGAAGUGAGCGAGCAGGAGAAAAAGCCGUGGAGAUUCUGUGAGAUAUGUGACAUGGAAUUCCAGUAUACAGGGCUCAAAACUCCUCGUGUUCUAUUGAUGCCAAGAAGAGCUCGGAAGGUCAACAAGAAGGAUCAAGAGGUUGUUCAAUUAAAGGAACAACUCGAGCAAUGGAAAGUGGAAGCCGCGCAAUCGAAAGCAAAAGAAAAAGAAGCGGUUCGAAAAUUGAACUUGGAGAAACGUCUUCAUGGACUCGCUAUUUCAAGGCGCGAAAGGUACAAGGAUGCAUUUGAAAGGCGUCAAGCCCUUACCAGCAAGCUGAAUGCCCGUGCUCUAAAAUUGAACGCAGAUUUGAACCUCUUCAAGUCCUGCUCAGAUGCAAGAACAGCUAAAAGACUUGUUAAUGAAGAGCACAAACUGGUCAUAAAAUACAAAAAGAAAAUGUUAGAAGCUCAGGCGGUGGUUCGCAGACGCCAAGAAGUGAGCGAGCAGGAGAAAAGGCCAUGGAGAUUCUGUGAGCUAUGCGACAUGGAGUUCCAGGAUACGGGCAUCAAAACUCCUCGAGUUCUAUUCUGUGGACACACUUUCUGUCAAGAAUGUCUUGUGAAAAUUGCUGGUGAUCAUAUCAUCAGAAACAUCAUCGAUACUAUCAACGUUAGAUGUCCAUUCGAUCGCAGAUUCACUAGAGGAUUACCAACAGAAAUGCACAAGAUCCCAAAGAAUUUCACCGUCCUUCAUAUGUGA